GGCCAUGGAGCGGGCCGAGGGCCGGCCCGGGGCCGUGCAGUUGGUGCAUGUGCAGCUUCAGGGCGGCGCGCCGUGGGGCUUCACGCUGCGGGGGGGGCUGGAGCACGGCGAGCCCCUCAUCGUCUCCAAGGUGGAGGACGGGGGGAAGGCAGCACUGUCCCGGAGGCUGCAGCCCGGCGAUGAGCUGGUGAACAUCAGCGGGACCCCCCUGUACGGCUCCCGCCAGGAAGCCCUCAUCCUCAUCAAGGGCUCUUACCGCACCCUCAAGAUGAUCGUCCGCAGGAGGAGCGUGCCCGUCCUCCGGCCCCAUUCCUGGCACAUGGCCAAGCUCGCCGAAAUCCGCCCCGACGCCCCGGCCAUGCACUGCCCCCCCGAUGCCUUCAGCCUCUCCUGGCCCUCGGGUUGUGAUGUCAGCGAGCUGUCCCUGCAGUGGAACCCGCUGUCCCGGCACUGCAGCACGGACCGGAGCAGCUCCAUCGGGAGCAUGGAGAGCCUGGAUCAGCCCGGCCACACUUACUACGAGGGCACCCCAUCGCCUGUUGAGCACCACAGCAAGCGAGACUCAGCCUACAGCUCCUUCUCAGCCAGCUCCAACACCUCAGACUGCGCCUUAUCCCUGCGCCCUGAGGACGCCGCCGGCCCUGAGGGUCCCUGCAAGCCCCCAGACCCACGCUACCUGCAGACAGGCGCUGAAGGAGCGGAAACGAGGCACACGGCUCGGCACCCCGUGCCCCCACAGCCCCCGGUGCGCAGGGACAGCCUGCGGGCAUCCCCAGCCAGCAGCACGGACCGCUGCCGCGUGUCGGUGCCCGCCACCCCGCUGCACGCCCAGGGGAGGUGGAUCUCCGACACUUUCCUGUGCCAGCGGGACAAAGAAGGCGAGGGGAGCAGCGGGAGGAUGCCAGCAACGUGUCCCCCCAGGGAGCACCUCUCCGCUGAUCAGUACUACAUGCUGAGCUCCCACCCUGACCGCUGCGCUGGGGACGGCGGGGAUCGGUCCUACCCAGAGAGCAGCACGCACCGUGUGCCAGAUGCAGGGAUGGAGACGGCGGGGGACCCCGUGCUGCUGUCCCCUCUGCAAGGCCAUCGUCACAGCGCGCCUGAGCAGCUGCUGGCCUCCCAGCUCCGCGCCCUCCACGUGAGCGCCGGCAGCGGGCGGGCAUCGCCUGCGUCCCCGGCACCUGAUAACCACCGCUGGACCACAUCCCCACUGCACGCCGAGCCCCGUGGGCCAGGAGGGCUCAGCCCCGCACCCAGCACCGAGGGCCUGGCCGAGGAGCAGCGGGCAGGGGGUCGGCGUGGUGGGGGUCCCCCAAACCGCUCAGCUCACUUUCGGCGCCGCAGCGAACGCUUCGCCACCAACCUGCGUAACGAGAUCCAGCGGCGCAAAGCUCAGCUGCAAAAGAGCCGGGGACCUGGAGCGCAACCCCGGGGCGAGGAGCCCGUGGAGGAGGCGGAGGAACCCACAGAGGGCUCACCAAGCCCUGCACCCAGCGAGGACGGUAGGAGCUGCGUGGGGGACACGCUGCCAGGCCCCGAAGUUGAACGAGUGGCACCCAGCCGGGGCCGCUGGCGUUGGUCUCCGGAGCGCAAGCUGCAGCCGCAGCGCUCGCCCAGUCCCCGUGAGCACCAGGGUGCAGAGGAAGCCGUCCUCCUGCCCUUUGCUGACCGCCGCAGAUUCUUUGAGGAGAGCAGCCGCCCCACACCCGCCUGGCAUGGAAAACCCCCAAAAGCGGCCGAGCCCGACCCUUUCCCAACCGCUGAGCACCGUGACGCUCACCGCGUAUCUGGACCCUACAGCGAGUGCUGCCGGGAGCAGCAGCCCUACUACAAAGUGCUGCCGAGGCACGGCGAGCUGGAGUAUCUGCGGGGCUUCCCCUAUCCCUAUGGAGCUCCCCCUGGGAUGCACGAACCUUGCCGCUACUGCACCGGGGAGAUGUGCCCUGCGCUGCUGCCCCGCGGCCAUGCCUACCGCUGCCACCCAUGGGCACGCUGCCCCGACUGCUGCUGCAUGCCACGGGAUGAGAGCGGCGCCUGGGCACCCCGAAAGGCCUUUAUGCCGGAAUUUCCCCUGGAGGAGUGGGAACCACCAGCGAUAAGCAGGAAAACCAGCCAGUCCAUUGGUGAGCUCACCCACUACAAACCAGGCUUCCAGCGGCUCGGCCCCUUCCGGCCCUGCUUUGAGAGCUCUGAGCCCGAGUGGCCGCCCUGCUACCGCACCACGUCCACGCACGACCUGUCCUGGGAUGGUGAGCGGCCGCCCCGCUCCCCCGAGCCCCCCCCAGAGCCCCUGCACCGCCCGCUGCGGGGCCGAGCCUUCUCUGAGAGCCACCUCAACCUGGAGCCCUCCAGCCCCCGUGCCCGCAAGGACUUCCUCCGGGUGCAAUCAGAGGCUCCGGGUUUACCCAAAAAAAAGGGUCCCCCGCCCCCCCGCCCGCCUCCACCCAACUGGGAGCAGUACAGGUUGCGCCGAGCAUCGCAGCACCCCAAAAACGGCUCCGGAUCCGGCACGGCCCUGCCACCAUCCCGUAGCAUUGCUGAAGCCGUGCGGCAGCGGACGCGCAGCCUCGCUGCUGAGACCCCCCCUGGCCGCCCCCGUGGGAUGCCGGAACCCGAAGCUGAGCUCUGCAGGGUCAGGGAAGAGUGCUCAAUAUCGAAGGACCCCUGGGAACAGGAGGACCCCCCCCAAAGGCUCAGCCGGGGCCGGGAGCGGGGCUGGUCCAGCGAGUGCCCUCUGCCCACUCCCAGCCCCAUGGGCACUCCAGGGAGACCCCAUUCCCGCAGCCCUGAGGGGUCCAACGCCCGGGGAGGGCGGCCCCAACCCCGCCGCAUGAAUUCGGAGGAGUUGCUGUGGGACGUGGCAGGCAGGGACCGCUCCUUGGCCGGCAUCUUGGUGUCCCCUCCGGUCACCACUGCCACCGUUAUGGGAGAGCUGCUGGCAGCAGGGGAUCGCCAGGCGUGGAGGGAGCGGAUCCAGCAGGAUUGGCACCAGGAGCCACAGGACAGGCAGGGCUUUGAGCCCAUCUCGCCUCCCUCCGGGGCCGCCGACAGCCCCCCCUCCUACGCAGCAUAUUAUGGCAAAGCUGAGCUGCUGGGCAAGGUGAAGGAGCUGCCGGAGGUGGCGGAGGGGAGCUCAGAGGAGGAGGAGGAGUUGGAGCGAGAGCUGGUGGAGAAAAAGCUGCAGCUGGUGGAGAGCCUGAGCCGCAAGCUGGCGGUGCUGCGGGAGGCACAGCGGGGCCUGCAGGAGGACAUCAGCGCCAACGGGGCUCUGGGCGAGGAGGUGGCGGCCCGCCUGCAGGCGCUCUGCACGCCGGGCGAGUUCGACAAGUACCGCCUCUUUGUGGGGGAUCUGGACAAGGUGGUCAACCUGCUGCUGUCCCUUUCGGGCCGCCUGGCGCGGGUGGAGAACGCGCUGAGCGCUCUGGGGCCGCACGCCGCCUCCGAGGAUAAGGUGGCCCUGCGGGAGAAGCAGCGGCUGCUGGCGGCGCAGCUGGAGGACGCCAAGGAGCUGCGGGAGCACGUGGGGCGGCGGGAGGAGGCGGUGGGGGCCAUGGUGGCCCGCUAUCUGCCCCCCGAGCAGCUGCAGGACUACCGGCACUUCAUCAAGAUGAAGUCGGCGCUGACGGCCGAGCAGCGCGAGCUGGAUGAGAAGAUCAAGCUGGGGCAGGAGCAGCUGCGCUGCCUGCGGGAGAGCCUCGGCCAGGCGCCUACCAGCUGCUAGCCCUGUCCGUCCAUCCGUCCAUCCAUCCACCCAUCCAUCCAUCCAUCCAUCCAUCCAUCCAUCCAUCCAUCCAUCCAUCCA